AUGAAGAAUGUGGGUCCGAACUGUCAGUCCAUUGGGCAAUAUUUUCUUGGAAAAGAAUUGGGUUGGUUUUCUCAUAGUUCACUGAGAUUCCAAUAUUUAGAACGUCCUGAUCAGGCGAUCUAUCAGAAAGAUGUCAAGGGUCAUUUCGGUUGUGUCAAUGCAAUUGAAACAUCAUUGGAUGAGAAUUACUUGAUUAGUGGUGGUGAUGACCGGAGAGUCUUAUUGUGGAGAAUCAGCGAUAUUCAUCUAUCUGAAAACCCCACUCCUUUGGCAGUGAUGAACGAAAAACAUUACUCAAACAUAUUUACUGUUAAAUUUUCACUGAAAUCUGAUCGUCUUUAUUCGGGUGGAAAUGAUUCUAAUUUGUUUGUUCAUGAUGUUGAAACAACAUACGCUAUAUAUCGUUUUGCAAAUAGCGAAGCUAUCUAUGAUAUUUCAAUUCACCCUAGAGACGAAUAUACAAUAAUGUCUGCCUCAGAAGAUGGGAGAGUUCGUUUUUAUGAUUUGCGAGUUGGAAGACAAACUGUUGCUAUUGCCAAUAUUGGAACAGUAUAUUGUGCUCAGUUCAAUCCUCGUCAUAUAAACCUCAUAUCUGUUUGCAAUGCUCAGCGCGGCCUAACACUUUAUGAUUUGCGGAAACUGGAAAGUCCUGACAUCAUGUCUGAAAACAGGGGUUCUGCCUACAUGAAUAUAUGUAAGACUUCAGUUAUGUAUGGAGAGUGGAGCGAGGAUGGUGAUGCAAUCUUCAUUAAUCGUAGUGGAUCUUCACCUUUACUAUAUGAUCUCAAUGGUGGAGCUACUGUUGAAUUCAGGGAUCAAAACUAUAAAAAUUCUUGUACAGUUAAAUCGUGUUCAUUUAUAAGUCGAGAUCUUGUAAUGACUGGCUCUGAUGAUUGGAAAAUAUAUAUCUGGAAAGUGCCUUCUGAUCGAGAAACUGUUGGACAAAAAGUAAAUGGCGCUUAUCGAACUUUGGAGGGACAUCGGUCUAUAGUUAAUCACAUGCGUUAUAGUCCAUCUAACAGACUUUUAUUCUCAUCAGGAGUUGAAAAAAUCAUUAAAUUGCAGGUGUGGAGUGAGUUGAAUUCAAAUGGGUUCUAUGAUCAGCCUAAAAAGCGAUGUUUGGGUCCAGUUAAUGCUGAGCAGGAUAUAAUAGUUGAGAACAGUGUAGAAGAAGACAGUCAUAUGCUUACAUUUUUUGAUCUACUUACGACUAGAGAAGCUCAUAGAAGCAGCAGUAUUGGGAAUACAUCAGAAAAUAACUCAAAUGAUGAGGAAAUAGUUGAUGGAGUGAGAAUUAGAGAAGAUUUUAUGAGCCAUAACGAAGAUUAUAUACAUAGUCUGGAAGAAGAUUCAAAUCGUCAGGGUUCCGGGUUUCAAACUGUAGCGACUAGGUUGAUCUCGGCACACCUUGAAGAUGCAGUUGAUUUAGACGAUGAAAACUUCGUAUUUAUAGUUUCAUCACCAGAAUCACCGGAAUCACCAGAAUCUGUAGCGCGAAACGCAUAUUCCGUUAAUAUAAGGUAUGACGAUUUCUCUGAUGUCGAAGAGUUUGACGAUACAUCAUCUGAAGAAGAACGUAAUGGGCGAAUUCGCUAA